CUUGAAAUCAACACAAUGGAUAAGCGUUUACAAUGUGCAUCCAUCAAUGAAGCAAAGGUGAGGACUUGCAUUUCAGAGAUAAUAUUUUUUUUUUGUGAUACCUUGUGUUUAUUCGUAAUCUUCCUGUUUCUUGCAGAUAUUGGUCUAAUCUGGACGAUUUCAACCUGCUCUAACACAUUCAGAAGGGCCGUGCGGAGGGAAUGUAUGUCACCAGUGUGGCCUCUGGUCCCCAUUCUAAUUCAUGGGCCAUAAUAAUGGAUCAUAGCGCCGGCUACGCUGCUCGGAGAUAUGCUAUUUCACACGGCUAUCCUCCUGAGGUUUUAUUUGAGCGGCUUUACUUUGGGCUUUCAUGCAUGGUAGAUCCCAAUAGUGGCAUGUUAAAAUUCUUAUAAUACAUACCAGGAAGAAUUUGUGUUAGGAACACAUACACCAACGUCUUGCAUUUGGAUUCUCGAUUAGGAUGGUCUUGAAUGCUUAUUUCCAUAUUUGAAGGACUGGAUGCGGGUGUAUCGGUCGCAGAACUACAACAUCACUGCAGUGGCUGGAGCAGUUGACCACAGAUUUCUAGUUAUAAUGUCCAAGGGGACCUGGAGUGCUAGGCAGUAUUUUUAGGUUGCUAAUACAUUUCCUUUCAAGUGGAUCAAGGAGAAUUGGGCAGAAGGUUUUUACGUCACCGCCAUGGCCACUUCUGGGGGCCGAUGGGCAGUAGUUAUGUCCAAUGGAACCGGAUUUACCGAUCAGGUCGUAGAGCUAGACUUUCAGUAUCCGGCCGAAGGCAUUCAUGAGAGGUUGAAGCAGGGCUAUCGUAUCAUGUUGGUAGCGGCCACUCCGGAUCAGGUUGCUUUUGUUUUUAGUAUCAGAGGAGGAGCAGCAGCAACUGCAAGUGUAGAGCAAGAGACACUUCGGACUUAUAAUUUUCCUGUUGAUAGUAAGAUCAAGGAGAAGCAGGCAAGGAAUUACUAUAUUUCCUCUCUUUGCUACGGUCGAGCUAUCGCUUAAGCUACCCAGUGUACGUGCUAGUAAGGAUGCCUUAGCGAGCGACAGGACCACUCUGCAUGAGUUUUUUGUAGUCUGUUGCCCAUUUCUUAGAAAGCAAGAUCAACAAGUCACUGAGAACUC